UUUAUGUUAGGAAAAUAUAAAAUUUCCUAAAAAUAUGAAAUCCCCUGCAUAAAUUGCAGGGGAUUUCAUUUUACAAUUAGUUAUGCGAUCAGAUUGACUUCUUACUUUCAUGGAAAACUUGUUUUUUGUGUACUCACAAAGAUCUCUGUCUAGCCUGUCCAGCAUUUAUACAUAUGCUUAAGUAUUUACAUGUGAAGCUGCCCACUUAUAUGCAUGCAGAUGUACAUAUGUACAUACGUAUAACCAUGUGUCCAGUAUUCUUAUUUCACACGCAAUGCCCACAGCACGGUAUCCUUGAUUUGUGGCGAAUUUUUUAUUCUCCGUUUACAGGAAAACUUACUAUUAAAUUCAAUAUCUACGAAAAGAUUACGAAAAUCCAAGAGAAUGUGAUUAUAAAAUAAGUACUAACUAAUCAGCCUCAUGUGUAGUCAACUAAUUAAAACUAUUUCAUUAGGUCUUCUGCUCGUGUAUGGUACAACAUGUUGCGGUUAAAAAACAAAUAUUUCUAUUAAUGAAAAUACAUUAGACUUCUUAAGAUUUAAAAAUUGUGUAAAAUGGCUGUCGCAGUGAAAGGUGGUUAUAAACGGUAUGGUGAUGGAGACUUCGUCCUUAACAAUUUGGACAUGAACGUCGGCGUGGGAGAAAUUUAUGGUCUACUGGGUGCCAGUGGGUGCGGAAAAACGACGCUUCUAUCGUGCUUGGUCGGAUUGCGCCAACUUGACUCUGGUCAGGUCACCAUUUUUAACCAACCUCGUCCCAGUAAUCUCGGCCGAAUCUGCGGAUUCAUGCCGCAGGACAUGGCCCUCUUGGAAAUCCUAUCGGUGGCAGAAGUGCUGAAAUAUUUUGGAAUUUUGUUCGGCAUGGAUGCAAACGAGUUUAAGUCAAGACUAAAUUUUCUUACCAAUUUCCUCGACAUUAAAGAGCUCCAUACUCCAAUUAUUGAAUUAAGCGGUGGGCAAAAGAGGAGGGUGUCCUUGGCCGCGGCGAUGAUUCAUAAUCCAAGACUGCUCGUGCUUGAUGAACCAAUUGUUGGAUUGGAUCCACUUUUAAGACAAAAAAUUUGGAAUUAUCUGCUCGAAAUAUCCAGAGAUUGUGGGACAACUAUAAUAAUUUCCACGCACUAUCUGGAAGAAAUAAAAUCCUGUGAUAAGAUCGGCGUAAUGCGUAAUGGUCAACUUAUAGCUGAGGAGAACCCUAAUACGUUACUCGCUUCUCACAACUCUACCUCAUUAAAUGAUGUGGUCCUAGAGCUGUGCAAAAAUAAUGAAGUGACGAGGAAUGCGAAUUUUAAUUCGCCAAAAUAUAAAAUAUUGAAGGAAGAAGCUUUUUUCGAGUCGAAGCAGUUCAUCGUCCCUUCAAGGAAUUCAUCGCCUUCGUUAAAUGUACAACGUAACAACUUAUCCAUUAUCUGGGCGCUUAUUUAUAAAUGGAUACAUCGACACCGGAGAGAUUUCAGACUCCACAUGUGGGAACUUCUUCUUCCAGUAAUGUGCGUCUUUAAUUUUCAAAACGUAAUGGGCCCAGAACCGAAGCGAAUAAAAUUCGGACUUGCACAUCACGAUGAUUUCAAUUUCACCGACACUUUCGCCCUACGAGAAUAUUGUGGGAGGAACAGCACAUUUCAAUCUGCACCGGCGUGCUUCUCUAAUAUCGGGAUUUGCCAUUUUAUCUCCUUAUUUGGCGAAAACGAGUUCAUUUGGAUUCCGACAAACUCAUACAAUGAUGGCCUUGACCAAAUUAAGCAAGGUCGAACUAUGGGACUCGUAUACUUUCCUCCUGAUUAUACGGCAAAUCUAAAGAGUCGAUUGUCGCAGGGGAAUUUUGCGGAUAACGAGACAAUUCUUGGCUCAACGAUAUCUGUCCGGAUGGACGAGGCAAACAUGUUGUUAACAUUUUGGGCGAAAAAGAACAUUUUAGACAAAUAUCUAGUCUAUAUGGAAGCCAUCUUGUCUGCCUGUGAUUAUUAUGGGGACGCUUUUCGACCACCACUUCACUUUCACACAACUUAUGGUUCUGCCCGAGUGUUUGACUACAUUGAGUACAUGCAGCCGGGUCUCAUCAUUAUGAUGAUGACGAUCAUGUCAAUAUCGGUCGGCGUUGUGUGGGUGCAGGACCGCGGGGCCGGGCUUGAGCAGAGAGACCACGUGGCCGGCGUGCUGCUAUGGCAUCGACUCGUGGCCGACAGUGCUACCCAAAGUAUCAUUAUAUUAAUGCAGAUUGGAAUUUUUUUGGCCUUAUUGUGCGGGUGGUAUGGAAUGGUGAUACAUGGUUCGUGGCUCGUCACGGUGGCCUUGCUGUACAUGGCGUCAAUUUGUUCAGUACUGAUGGGUUUCAUGAUCAGUUUGCUGCUGGAUAGCGCAAUUGAAACAUUGUUCAUGAUCAUAAUGGUCACAUACGUUGAGAUGUAUGCGAAUGGUGUUAUGUGGCCCAUGGAAAUGGCGAUAUGGCCUCUCCGCCAGUUGUACCAGCUUUCUCCUCUGACCUUAAUGGUCGACGCGAUGAGAUCACUUUGUACGAGGGGCUGGGACAUUACGCAUCCCGUUGUCGCGGUUGGAUUUACACCGGCAUUUGGGUGGAUAUUGAUUUCAUUGGUUGUGUGCGUGCUUGCUGAGCGAAGAAGAUACAAAUAGAAAGAUACAGAUGUAUUUUUAAAAUUGAACAAUUUAAAUUUUAUACGAGUAGAUUGACAACGAGCAACAUUUAGGCAGAUGUUAAGAUUUAUUUAAUUAGCAGGUAUAAAAUAAGUAAGUCUAUUAUUAUGCAUUUGGAGUUGAAGAAAAUGGACAACUAUUGUUAUUCGCUGUAAAUUUUAGUUUCCAAUUUUUCUGAAAUAAUAUUCGAUUAUCGGAGAAAUGAUGAAUUGUGAUAUUUUAAUAAAUAUUUACUUAAACAA